AUGUUUCUCCGGCAGUUCUCUACAUCGCCUGCCUUAUUGAAAGGGAAAGUCUUGCCUGAAUUGAAAAAUGCACAAGAAAUAUCCCAGUUCCUCCGGAAACUGACAUGGAAUGUGCAUGACUUAAUUCCAUCUAAAGAGCACAUCACCAACGAAGUUGAUUCGCGUGUUGUGAGAAAGAUGCUCCGGCUUUCAGGCUUAGAUGAGAACCUACCGGAGCCAGAACUCAACCGGUGGGCGGAAAUGCUAAACACACACGUUGCCUUUAUCAACCACGUGAGCGAUUUGCACAGUAGCACUAAAGGCGAAAUAGGCUCUUCAGUGUUCCGGCUCUUGGCUUCAGAUCACAAGCCUGAAUCACCAUUGACACUCAAGGAGUUGCUUCGGCAAGUGGACGAGAUUUCCGAUCAUGUGAGUGACCAAAGGGGAGAACGUGGAUUUGACACAAGCGAGCUUCGAACGAGAAUAAAUAGAGCGAAGUCAACAGCAGAGAAAGAGUAA